AUGAAGGGUCUUCGGAGCAAAGCCUCGCAUUUCUUUCGAGAUAGCCCAAGUCGCGAUGAGAAGGCUGCUGCUGCUGCCGGGAGCUCGGAUAUCGACUUUGACGCCGGGAUUCAAGACGUUGGUAUGAAGAAGAAACCAUCGCGAUUCUUUGGGCGCAGGAAUGACAAGCCACUGUCCACUUCAACAUCCAACACUUCCUCGUCUACGCUACUCGCCCCGGUCGCCAAUCGUGUGACUCCGGCAUAUCAGGGCGAUAGCUUCGAGAAUCUGCCCGACUAUGAGGAUGAGGAUGAGGAAUACUCACCUGCGCUUCCACCAGUUUCGCGCAACCUCUCCGCCAUGUCAGAGCACAAACACACCGGUGGUGGUUUUGAGUUGCUCAAAUCCAAGUCUCGCCCCGGCUUUGCGCUGUUGAAAGACAAAGGCAUGUUACUCACCAUUAUUUCCCGUAUCGACUCUAUGUUGACUCGUGUUUUAGGCUCGCGCCUCUUUGGUGUCAGCACAAAUAGAAGCCCUACGCAGUCACCGCCGCCUCCGCCAGUCCCACAGAUCCCAGCCAAUGUACCACUGGCCAGAACAUGCCGUUGUGUACUUACACCGUCAGCCACAGCUCGCGGAUCACGCAUCUCUCUCGCUAAAGCUCAAAGCCGCAGUAUCUCCAUCUCGCGCCCCCAGCUCAUGGCGCAGCUGAGCAGUCCUCCCAUCCUAGAAAACCCCAUCACGGUACCUUUCGAGAAACGCCCGGGUCCACCUCCUACUCGUCCUCCUCGCCCCGACAGUCUCGAUGAGGAGACGCUAGCUUUCAUGCGCGAGAGCGGUACCCGUAUGGUCCUCCCACCCAGCAACCGUGGCAGCGCAAGCACAGCGACGGCCUCAACACCUCGCAGUCAGACUAGCUCUAUCGAAGCACGUCUCGGGUUUCCGUCCGGUUGUGGUACUACUCCACGAAGCUGCUCCAUCGAAUCUCCCCUUGCAGCGCGCUUCACGCUAGAUCCCAAUCAGCGUCUUCCCAUCCGCGACAGUAGUGGUAGUGUGAGGUACAGUCGCUUCAGCCAGUACGUUCGUUACCAUGAGAACGGUACACGUGCGGUCGAUGGUGUUGAUGCACAGGAUCGGGAAAUUGGACCCAUUGAGCAGUAUGAUGCUAGUAAGGAAGGUGACUGGGUGCUUGAGGAGCGGAUUAGUCAGGGUCGCGAUGGGAAGGGGGGUGGUAUGCUGUUUCGCGAUCGAUGGGGUGGCUUCCACUUCGUUGCCGAUAUCUGA